CUUGCAUAUUGAUCCGAGCAUCAUGUCGUCGAAGCAAGCGGCGUCGGCCGUGGUGACAGACCCGCGUUUCAACAAAGUCCACAACGACCCUCGGUUUGCCAGAAACUCGAAGAAGAAGAACAAGGUUCAACUCGACACGCGCUUCAAAGCCGUGUUAACCGACAAGAAGUUUCAGAGCGUGCAGGGCAAGUACGACAAGUAUGGGCGUCGAAUUGAAAAACAAGAGAACGACAUGAAGAAGUUUUACAACGUCGAAGGCGAAGACGACGAUGACGACGACGAAGCAGCUACCGUGGCAUCCAAAAAGCCGUUGACAGCCGCGGAGCGCCGAAUUGCGUACCUGAACAAGAAAGCUCGCGGGGAAUUGAGCGGCCAGUCGUCGUCUUCUUCGUCGGAAGACAGCAGUGACGACGACGACGAUGCGAAUGUUGAUGAGGAAGAAGACGAGGAGGAAGAAGACAUCCCGCUUGGGGAAGAGACGAAGCGUUUUGCAAUCAUGAACUGCGACUGGAGCCGCAUGCGUGCCGUUGACUUGCUUGCACUCUUCCAGUCCUUCCUUCCCGCCGCAGGUAUCGUCCACAGUGUGGUCGUGUACCCGUCCGACUUUGGCUUGGCGCGAAUGGCUGAAGAGGAGAAGUAUGGCCCACGGGGACUCUGGGCGGAUGAAAAGAAGACGACGGAGGAUGGAGGCAGCGGCUCUGACACGGAUGAUGCUUCCGAAGACGAUGACGAUCCAUUGGGGGUCCGCGCGACGGCCGAUGCCGACGAUGGGUUCGACAAGGAGAAACUUCGCCAGCACGAAUUGGAAAAGCUCAAGUACUACUACGCCGUCGCCACGUUCAACUCGGUCGCGGCGGCGUCGGCUGUGUUCGACGCGUGCGAUGGCCUCGAGUACGAGACGUCGAGCAACACGUUGGACUUGCGUUUUGUACCAGACGACGUCGAGUUUACAAACUCACCGAAGGAGACGGCGACGUCCGUGCCAGAUACGUAUACGCCUGCGAUAUUUGCCACACUCGCGCUGCAAAACACCGAGCUGGAAUGCACAUGGGACGAGGAAGACGGCGAGCGCAUGGACAAGCUGACGCGGCCGGCUAACUGGAAGGACCUCAACGAUGACGACUUUUCUGCGUACGUGGCCAUGUCGGAUGACGACAACGACGGCGCGUCCGACGACGAUGUUGAAGCGCUCAAGCAAAAGUAUCGCAAAGCACUUCUCGGGAGCGACGACGACAGCGCGGACGACAUGAAGAAGCGCAAGAAAAAGAAGGGAAACAAGGACAAGAAAGCCAACAAGGCGGAGGACGACGACCCAUUCGGCGACGGCGAACAAGGCGACAUGGAGAUGACGUUCAACGAUGCGACGGACGUGCUCAAAGCCAAGCAGCUUCGAGAGAUGGAGGCGAAUGAAACGCCGUUUGAAAAGUACCAGCGCGAGAAGAAGCACGAGAAGAAUAUCAAGAAGCACGACAAACGACAGGCCGCCAAGCUCGCCCACGAGGCGCAGCUGGCAUCAAUGAAGCAGGCCAAGAAGGGCAAAGGGAAAGACAGGGUCGCCAGGGCUGGUGCUGCUGACGAAGACGAUGACGAAGACAAGCGCGACUUUGACAUGAAGUUCAUUGCCAAGCUCGAGAAGCACAAAGACAAAAAGGGCAAGCACCACAAGAAACAAAUCGACAAGCUCAAGGCCCAUGCGACGGGUCUCCAGGAAGGGUUUGCCUUUAACCCAGAAGACAACCGAUUCUCCCAGCUCGUGUCCAACAACCCAGACUUUAGCUUGGACCCGACGGACUCGCGAUUCAAGCGGACGGAGGCAACGGAAGCGAUCUUUGAAACGAGGCGAAAACUGGCCAAAGGCGCACCGACCGAUGUGGGGACGACUUUGACCGAUGCCGCACCCGCCACGGCAGAAGUCAACGCCAUUGUCGAGAACCUCAAGCGCAAGGCCGCCACGUCCAACAACACAUCCAACAAGAAACCGACGCGGUUCUAAGCGGAAUAACCUAUAGACCAUGCCACCCACAACGUAAUGCACACUUCGCCCACA